CUGAGAUCCAGCCCAUACAAGAAAACCCUAUAUUUUUAGGGUUGGAGUUCAUCCUCUCUCAUUAAAUCUUGCUGCCGCAGUGCCUCUCCGCCAUCGACGAUUAUCCAAUGGCUUCAGAGAAGAAAUUGUCGAACCCGAUGAGGGAAAUCAAGGUGCAGAAGCUGGUGCUCAACAUCUCCGUCGGAGAGAGCGGAGAUCGUCUCACCAGAGCUGCUAAGGUGUUGGAGCAACUCAGCGGUCAAUCUCCUGUUUUCUCCAAGGCAAGAUACACUGUUCGAUCUUUUGGGAUUAGGAGGAAUGAAAAAAUUGCUUGCUAUGUUACUGUGAGAGGUGACAAGGCAAUGCAACUCCUCGAGAGUGGCUUGAAGGUCAAGGAAUAUGAACUGUUGAGGAGGAACUUCAGUGAAACUGGAUGCUUUGGUUUCGGUAUUCAGGAGCACAUUGAUCUUGGAAUUAAGUAUGAUCCAUCUACUGGUAUCUAUGGUAUGGACUUCUAUGUAGUCUUGGAGCGCCCUGGUUACCGUGUGGGUCGUCGCCGUAGGUGCAAGGCCCGCGUUGGAAUCCAACACCGUGUCACCAAGGAGGACGCGAUGAAGUGGUUCCAGGUGAAAUAUGAAGGUGUGAUCCUGAACAAGGCAUCUAACAUUGGAGCUUAGACUGAUCAUUAUCUUUUAUGGUUUCAUUUGUUUCAUCUGUUUUUGCUAAAAGUUUUGUAGAAUUUUAUCAGCAGACAUGUCUUACUUUCAUGUUAAGAUUGAGAUUGUGUCUUAAAUUUCAUUACUGGUGUUUGAUAUGCUUAUGGAUGUUGGUAAUGAUUAAUGUCCAGAUUGGUUUUAUGUCA